AAUACAAAUGCAAGCAAGAUCCAACGACAUCCCAACGGAAAAGCGCUUCACGGCGAAGCAUCAAAACCAAUUUGCCCUAAGCUUCUUUGGCCUUCGCAAAACCAUUCUACACCUCUCUCUUUCUCCUUCUCUUCCCUUCUCUCUCUCUCUCUCUUCCUCUCUUUUUUUCCCUGUCAUGAGAGGUUUUGCGGCGGAAACCUCGCAAUAACUAGGGAAAUUGUUAGAGGGUCUCAGCCACUGAGUUGGUUAGAGAGAGAGAAAAGGGAAGGGAAAAGAAUUCAGAGCUAGGGAGGGAGGGAGGCGACACGAGAAGGGGAAUUUUGCUUUUGUGUUUUUGUUUUUGUUUUCUAUAUCGUAAGGGUGUGAAAUUAUUUUUUUCUGGGGUUCAUUGAUUCUGAACUAUUAUUGUUUGAAAUUGAAAACCCAUGUCGUUCUUUCACAGAUUUGAUGAGGGAAAUUGAAAGGGGAAUUUUUUUUUGUUUGUUUAAUGUGGGUGUCUGUGAAUCAUUACCACGAACACCCUAAGAUUUUGUGUUUUCUAUCAGACAAACGAAAUUUCUUUUAGAAAUUAUGAACGAAGAACAGGGUUGGGAUGGUUCUCCCUCUAAUGCUAUCCAUAUUCCUUCUCAUAAACCACCUCAAAGGAGGCUCUACCAUGUCUGGAAAGGAAACAAUAAAUUCUUAUGUGGUGGGAGGCUAGUUUUUGGUCAAGACGGUGCAUCGCUCUUUUUAACAUCAUUUUUAAUCGGUGGUCCUGCAAUAACAUUCUGCAUACGAAUGCUAGUGGCAAUCCGUAGUGUUAAUCAACCUUUUCACUUCCCUGCAUUGAUUGGAGGAUUGGUUCUUACAUUUUUGGAUUUUCUUUUUCUCUUCUUGACUUCUGGUAGAGAUCCUGGGAUCAUUCCAAGAAACUCGAUACCACCUGACUCAGAAGAAAUAGACAUGACCACCCCUUCUAUGGAGUGGGUCAAUCACAAGACGCCUAAUCUGAAAAUACCUCGAGUAAAGGAUAUAACAAUCAACGGAUACUCGGUGAAAGUGAAGUUUUGUGACACUUGCCUUUUAUAUCGUCCACCACGGGCUUCUCAUUGCUCUAUCUGCAACAAUUGUGUUCAGAAGUUUGAUCACCACUGCCCAUGGGUAGGUCAGUGCAUUGGACUGAGAAAUUAUCGAUUUUUCAUAAUGUUUAUAUCAACAUCUACCAUUUUGUGUAUAUACGUCUUCACAUUUUCGUGGAUUACCAUUGUUCGACAAACUGGCAGCGUAUGGAGUGUCAUCUCAAAUGAUAUCUUGUCAGUUAUCCUUGUUGUAUACUGCUUUGUAUCUGUCUGGUUCGUCGGAGGGCUGACAGUUUUCCAUAUCUAUCUAAUGUGUACCAACCAGACAACUUAUGAAAAUUUUCGUUACCGCUAUGAUAAGAAGGUCAACCCCUUUACCAAAGGGUUUGUUGGAAAUCUGAAGGAUGUUUUCUGGUCUAAGAUCCCUCCAUCAAUGGUUGAUUUUCGAGCAUGGGUAACAGAAGACGAAGAAGCCAGCCUACAAUACAGUGCUUCUUCAACCAAUAGAGGCUUCAUCAUCUCAAAGGACAAAUUUGACUUGGAAAUGGACAUGAUGUUUCCCAAGGAUGGUAACAUGAAACUUCCUAAUAUGUUGCAAAAUUUGGAUUACGCCAAUAUUGAUGAUGAUUUGAAGAAAAAGGACGUUGUAGACCGAAACAUUGCAUACGCGUUUCCUUCUAUGCAAGAACGGGCCUUACAAAAUUCGAUGUUAAACGAUUUGAAUGAUAAGAGAACUCAAUAGCGCCGUAAAAUUCAAUCUCAUCACCAUCAAGAUUCUUGGAGACAAAGGUCUCGUGGAGAUAUUUCCUUCGAAGCGAUUGUAGACAGACGGAUUGAGCAUUGAUGUCGAGUUGUUUUGAAUAGGGAUUUACUCUUAAAUGGAUUUGGGAGUGGAUUUCAUGAGGAAAUGAUUGUAAGUAAUGUAUAGAAUCAAAGUCCAUUUGCCUCUUCAUAUCUAUAUUCGCCUAAAUCUAUUAUGAAUUUGACUCAGUGCCAUAAGAAUUUGAAGAAAAAGGAAACUUGUACCUUGUUUAUAAUAGCUAAUUGAUCUCAAUGUUGAAGAAAAUAUUUUGAUUGUGGUGUAACUGUAUCUUUUCUAUCA